AUGGCCGUCACCACCCCGGCAGCGCCUGUCCUGACUUCUCCCCAUCGCUCCGCGAACACGGCGCCCUCUUCCAACCCCAUGCCGCCGAACAUCGCCAACGCAGUGCUCGGUAACCUGCACAUGAAGCCAUGGUACCCUUCGUUCUAUCCGGAAGACAUGAUCGGCGGGAGGAAGACAGACUGGCUGUAUGUGUGCCAAUGGUGCUUCAAGUACACCAGUGAGAUCAUGAAGUUUUGCGGGCAUUGUGCACAGCUCUACGCGCAAAACCUCUCCCUCUUCUCCAAACUCUUCCUCGAAACCAAAUCCGUCUUCUUCGACGCCAGCACCUUCCUCUACUACACCCUCGUCCUGCGUCCCGAACCCACCGAUCCCAAGUCCCACGGCCAAGUCGUCGGCUUCUUCUCAAAAGAGAAGAUGAGCUGGGACAAUAACAACGUCGCUUGCAUCCUCGUCUUCCCGCCCUGGCAACGCCGCGGGCUCGGGCAGAUACUCAUCGCUGCGUCGUACGAACUCGGGAAGCGGGAAGAGAGAUUCGGAGGGCCGGAGCGGCCGCUGUCAGCAUUGGGAUUGAAAGGAUAUCUAGCCUUCUGGUCCGGAGAGGUGGCAAGGUGGAUCCUUGGAACGCAGGGCAAGAGGUCGGUGGGGAUCAAAGAGAUCAGUGAUGCGACGUGGAUCCUACCAGAGGACGUGGUGGCGGCGCUGGUGCAGAUGGACGUGAUGGAGAAGCGGAAGACGGCGAGCGGGAACGUGGUGGUCAGCAAGGGGAAAGUGAGGGCCUGGGCGGAUAAGACUGGCGUCAGAGCCGCUCCGCUGAUCGACGUGGAUGCGUUUGUGGAGGCGGAGGAUGUAGAGUAUGAGGACGACGAGGAUGACGAUGGCUGA